AUGAUGCAUGAAAUUAAGAAUAAUCAUUACUUGGAGUAUGGAACUCAUGAAAAUGCAUGUUACGGAACCAAACUUGAAACUAUCAGAAACAUUCACCAAAAUAAUCGCAUGGCUAUUUUAGAUGUCGAACCUCAGGCCUUGAAAGUUCUUCGAUCUGCUGAGUUUGCUCCAUUUGUUGUUUACAUCGCAGCACCAGAUGUACAAGCUACAUCGCUUGAAGAAGAUGAAAGUCUUGAUCGAUUACAAAAAGAGUCAGAAUUAUUGAGAGAAGCUUAUCAACAUUACUUUGAUCUCACCAUCGUGAAUAAUGAUAUUGACCAAACUAUAAGCGCACUUGAGAAUGCCAUUGAAGAAGUUUGCUCCACAGAGCAAUGGGUGCCCGUAUCAUGGGUCUACUAA